AUGCACACGGCUAUUCGCUCGGGAUGUAAUCCCAAAAAUCGGUUGAGAUCGGACGAAUACACUCGUCCACCACCUCCUCACCGACACAGCGGUCCCAGUGCUCCUUGGCCUUGGAUCAAUUUAAAUGAUGAGGUAGACGCGGCGCAGUUGAGCUCGAAACUUCCCCCUAUACCAGAACCUUGUUCGCACAUCGGUUGUGGCGGUUGUUGGAAAGGUUAUCCUCAGUCUCGUUUCCCAAACUGGACUCCCUCACAAGUCUGGCGAAGCGGGAUCCACCAGGCCAUCACUGAAAAUAACAGCAAGCCUUGCAAAAUAUAUGCUGCUGAUAUUGACAAAAAUGGGUACUUCAUGGACGCUGGGGAGCGUACGGUUGAGCAGGGAGAAGAGAGCGCAGAGGAGUACUGGGUCAACAUGAUUCGUGAAAAGAGACCGGAUAACCUUCAGGUGCGAGCACUCUUCGUAGAAAAUAUGUCCGGAUCGGUUUUACGGAUGCUGGGAGCUCAAUAUAACAUCGAGCCUUUCUUUUUCUCUUCUUCUCUAUCCUGGAUUCCCUCGAGGUUUCAGGAAGAGGUCAAACCACGCAAAGGAGAUCAUAUCACUAUCACUUUGAUAUUUUUAAGAACCAUGGAUACAUUCCUCAGUGGAUCCAGCGGAGAUUCGAGUACCUGUACCGAAAAUUCUACUUCUGAUGACGCCAUAAUUAACACCCAAGCGCCCCUGUUUCUGAGCUCAGGCGAUGGCUGUUACCUCGUACUCGACCUACUAGCUGUGCAUCUCAUCCGCAAUGUCGAGGGAAACACGAUUAUUUCAUACCACCAUAAUGGCCCGGAUGCAACUUCUGCGCAAUACCUACAUGAACGAAUACGAUUUGCAGGGCAAAGCGUCUAUUGGCAAAACAUCUUCCAAAGAUCACCCGAUCCGACUUUCGUGCUGUUGACGUUCAUUUGGCAUGCAAUGUAUGCCUGGGAUGAAGCGCUCGAAACGUUGUAUAAACACAUAUGCUGGAUGGAAACACAGGUAAUGACGACGUCUGACAUGCUCAUAACGAGACGACUACACAUCAUCCGAGCGCAUCACCUCCACUACUCUUCUCUCCUGGAAGACUUCCGUAAAGCAGUUUUGUUCAUCCUCAACACUCCCAAUCCAGCAAUGGAUUCACUACCGGAUAAAGAUAGACUUAACAGUCAGAGUCUUCUGGUGAAAGAGUGUAACCAUUUGCUAAGUGAGAUUGAUCGAUUGGAGAGAGGAAGGCGGAUGCAGGAUAAGCGGCUAAAAAAUGUCAUGCAUCUGGUAUUCAGUACUGUAAACAUUGGCGACAGUCGACGGAUGCAAGACCUCACCGAGGCCGCAGUAAGGGACAGUGCAGCGAUGAAGCAAAUCGCAUAUCUUUCAAUGAUCUUUCUUCCUGCAUCACUCGUAGCUGGCGUAUUCGGAAUGAACGUCCACGAAAUUGCGCCAGACACCAAACAAUCUCUUCCUCACUACUUCGCUGUGGCGUUACCGCUCACAGCAGCGACGAUAUGGCUGGUGAUGACAUUCCAGAGCAAAUAUCUAUUCGGGAAAAAGGAUACGACCUUCUGGCAAAGGUUAGCAUGGCCCUGGUUACUGUUUAAAGAUCGUUUUGGAUUAGACGAGUGUGGAGAAUCGGAGAGAUUGCCCCUGAGCCGGCCAGAUACUAAAGAUGAGUGA